AUGAGGCUUGGCCCCGGUGGAGGUACUGACCCGGUGAAUAACGUUUCUCCAGAGCUCUCAGCGGCUGGCCGAAAAUAUGCUCAACGUUAUGAGGACAUUAUGCUGGCUGGCAGGAAACUCUGGACCACAAUGCUCAAAAGGGACGAUGUGCCCAAGAAGAUCUACUUCAUUGGUACCAAUGGUAAUUCAGGGAAGCUCAUUGCAGAGGCUCUGAUGGAUAGCCUGGCUUAUGUUCCAGCACCUGAUGGUACAAUGUUCCUGCGCCGGAAGCCAGGGGUCGAGUACCCGAAGCUGGUCUAUUUCUUCGUGAACAGCGAUGAGGCGCUGGCGCGGGAGUCGGACAUUUCAUCCGUGGACCUCUACAUGGAAGAUGAGAAGCGCUACCGGGAGAUUGAAACCGAGGUCCUGAAGAAGUUCUCAGAAGAAGACACUGGCACCAUGCCGGCGGGCUGCGUCGUAGGUGAGAGUGCAGUAGAUACACCCGAAAAUCUGGAGAUUUUGAAGAAAGGCCUGGUGAUUUGGGUUGAUGUGUCCGCAGAAACCAGCUGGAGCAGGACACAGAUCAGGCCAAAAGCCGGUGGCGGACUUUAUGUUCGUUUUGAGAAGGUCCGGCCACCUGUUUGGUGUAUCGCCAGUGGCUGGGAUGGAGACAUCGAUGAUGGGGAAGCCAAGGCAGAGUAUGUGGAAAAGGUCAACGAAUACAGAGACAAGUAUGAAGCGAUUGCUGACCUCCGCAUUCGUUCGGAUGUCCCUGGCAUCCAAGAGAACCAGUACUGGGGAGCUGAGCGCUUGCUCAAAGCCAUUGCUGAGUUCUAUGGCAUUGACAACGAGGAUGCAUCCGUCGAAGAAGAAAUGCUGGAAGCAGACUUGGAGAAAUUUUUGGAAGGUGCUCGCCUCUCCAAAUACCUGCAGCCAGCCCUUGACUGGUGCGAUGAGCAAGGUGCUGCGAGCAUCGAUGACGUGGUGGAGAAUGCGGAUGACUUCGCUGAUGCUCUUAGUUUAAAGCCACUCGAGCGAAAGCGCCUGGCGAAAGCUGCAGAAGCCGAACCCUCUGCGCAGCAGCUGCUGCCCCAGGCACAGCUCCAGCGCACCGCACAGGCGCUUUUUGUUUCCAGUGCUGUCCUUGGUGCAAGCACGACACUUCUGGAGAAGACGGCUGGGCUUAGCAGUCUGGCGCAAGCCGGCUACCAGGCAGGACCCAGCCCCACGAAACUCUUCACGUGGCUGCUGUCACUUCUCUCGCUCUUGCUGCGCUGCACUUGGAGAUGGCCAUCAGCCGUGAGUCAAGAUUUGCACUGCUCGCAACGAUGGGAGAUGAUAGGCCAAGCCUGGAGACCUGGCUACGGCAAAGGCAGCAAAGCGUUGAUUCUGAAAAGCGUGCAGCUUUUGCCGCUGCUGCCCAUGGAGACAUGGAUUCAGCAGAUGUGUUUGGAGAGCGGGGCCAUACACUCCUUCGCACUGGUGAGACAGCGCGUUGCCUCCAAAAGAGGAGCCGAGUCGGGAGAUUUGCAAGAUGCCACCUUGUCUAAGGCAGUGCAGAGUGCCAUUCGUGGAGUUCUGGAGGAGCUUCAGAGCCUGGAGCAACAGAGGAGGGGCACCUUCCGCCGCUUGGACGCGGACUUCGACGUGAUUUCCAAGGUCAUGUCACUCUGGGCAUUUCACCAACGGCAGACGCUGGAGGACCCUGAGCCCAGCAAGAGCAGCUCUCUAGCAGUGCUCAAGAAAGCAGGUGGCCCCAGCCACAAAACGAGGGCCGCAAUGCUCAUGCAAGGGGUCCUUGUGAAGUUGCUGCCUGGACGCCUCCUUGAGCGGAUGGAGGAGACACAGACCGCUGGGGAGUUUCAGGAGUCGGAAGUCUUGGUGCGCAUCGCGCUGGCUGCUGUGCACAACAACGCGCAGUUGAGGUUGCAAUUGGCAGUGAACUACUCCGAGAACAACGUCGUUGUUGUAAUGGUCACGUGCCUGCAGAUGCUGCUGCGGGGCUACGAGCUGGAGCAUUCUCCGAGCACAACAGAGGUGGAGGUGGGAGAAGUCGCCUUUGGUCUCCUGGCAGAAGACAAGCUGCCAGCGGACGGCUGGCCCUGGACUCAGGAGGAGGGCCGGAGGGCGACAGCCACCACCAAGUUCCCUGGUGCAAAAGGCAAGGACCGGGCGUGUGAGACGCUGCAAGCCCUCUUCGAGCGGAACCCACACAUUUGCAUCUUCUGCAUGAAGCACUAUGCAGAGGUCAAGCAAAUUAUUCUGGUGGGUUGUGACAGCAUUGUUGCAGAUCCCUUGAGUGAUCAUCCGGAGAUGCAACAGGAGGCCAUUGAGCUUUUCAUUGGCGCCUUUGAGAAGUUCGCGAUGAAGGAUGAACGACUCAGUCGCAAGCUGCUGAAGGCAUUGACGGGGCUCUUUGAGUCCUCCUAUCAGUUGGUGGCAUGGUUUCUGCAGCAACAUCCUCUUGGCAGCCUCUCUGAGCUCCACAGCUUGGAUGCCCACAUUGAGGCGGUCCGAGCGGUGGCACGGGCAGCCUACUGGAGUGCGGAGGACGCUCCAUUGCUCCCCGACUUUGUGGCUGCUCUGGUGGCCACGAUGUUGGAUGCUGUGGAGGGGCACCUGGACUUCGCGAAGCCUCCGAGCUGCACGGGGCGACGGGUCUGGGACGCCCAGCGCAAGACCAAAGGGUUCCUACAUGCCCCCCCCAUCUUGGAAGAUACAGGAUUGCCCGAAAAUCCGAAUGCCAAGAAUUGCUCUGACGCACAUCAGAUCGCUUCGAGCUGUACGGCCUCCGUGCUUCACUUGAUGCUGAGCCUCCGGCACGUUUGCGAGUUGGAGCAGCGAGCAGAAAAGGACAAGGAUGACCUGCCUCCGCUGGAGGAAGUGGAUGGCACUGAGGUUUCGUCGGAAGAGGCUGUCAAUACCUUGAUGAAGAUCAUGCAGGCAGAGGUGCUUUCCUUUGAAGGAUACCGAAAGAACAUGGGAGACUGCAUCAAGUCGGUGCGCUCCAUUGUGCCUCCGGAAAAUGAGGAGGAGGAGCUCAUCGUGAAUAUUUGGAACACCCUAGCGGCGCAGACAGCACACAGCCCCGCAGCGGCAGAGAACGAACUGGUUCACCUCGGCCUCAAAGUGGGCAAGUCCAUGUCACUGAUGCCCCUAGGUGUGCUCUUCAGCUCUGGGAAAGAGAUGGAGCCCCAGUUGGCGGUCUCGGAGCUUUUCCUCUUGCAGUAUGGCAUCUCGAUGAAGCCGGGGGAUCAGGGCCAGCCAGGCCCGAGUACCAAAGCUGCGUAUGGAGAAAUUGCUGCUGCGGUGCAUGUGGCAGACAAAGCGAUAAUUCCAAAUGUCAUCACUGCCGUGAUCCAUCGAUUUGGCGAGAUUUGUACCCAGCACCCUUUGGUCCUGGUGGACUUCUCUCCCCUUGGUGAGUUAAAAUGCGAGAACCAACGGAUGGAGUUCUUGCCGCGCAACGCUGUCACCCUGGAGCCACCGGCGAGCACCGAGCCGGGCAAGACGGUGAAGUCGCUGAUGCAACGACGAAGAGCUUCGGGAGAGGCACCACCAGCUCCUCACAGCGCCUCCCAGCAGAGUUUUCAUCCGGAGUUUCGUUCAGGUGCGCUGCUGGGUGGUCUUGGCAGGACAAGUUCUCCAAGAGAGCCCUGA